AAUGGCGCUCUCUCUUUGCCUCUCCCCAAUGGACAGUCAUUUUUUUUUUAAUAAACACUUGAAAACAACAAACAAACAAUACAAUGUCUAGUAACGCCAAAAUGACCGGAUUAAAUAUAAUUGUUUUGUUUAUUAAUUAGAAAGUUCAUUCAGCGUUAAAAUGACUGAAGGAAUACAAGAACUUGAUCAAGACGAAAGUCUUGAGAUUGCUGAAGAGGACAGUAUCAACACAUCAUUGAGUAUCAGCAUUAGUGAUGAAUGCACAAAUAAAUCUAUAAAAUCAUCAAGAAAUUUAGAUCAACUGGAUAUUAAUCAGACACCAUUGACACAUCAUGAUCAUCAUCAACAUGAAUCAAAAUUAAUCCAAGAAAAUGAAUGUUUAAAAUAUCCAGACACUCGUCUUGGUUGUAAAAAAUCAGAUGUUAUGUCUAUGGCAUCACCAGACAUUCCAUCAUCAAUGAAAGAAUUUCUUGCUAAAGAAAAACUCUGCCAGACAAAUGGAUUACCAAAGAGUGAAGUGGAAAACAAGGACAAAGAUGAUACACUUUGUGAUUUAUUUGCUUCAUCAGCAUUUAGCAAAUAUCACUCAGAUCUUGAGAAUGCAACUGAUGAAGAUUUUGGUAGUAUUUUAGAAGAAAUGAGUAAAAUUGCUGAAGAAUUAAGUCCAAAUUCAGCACCAGAUCGUACAAAAUCUGGUAAUUCAACAAAAAAUCAAACAGAAGAAGAAAAAUCAGUUGAAGAACUUCUUGAAGAAGCUGAAAAAUUAGUUCGUAAAAAUAUUUGUUUAUCAAAAAAUUCAUCUGGUACUGAUACUGUUAUACAAUUAUUUGAUAAAACAAAUAAUAAUCGUGUUAAAAUGUUAGAAGAUGAUAUAUUUAAUAUAAUUGAACAUGGUGUUGAUAAAAAAAUCCAUAAAAAAUAUAUUAAAAGUCCAAAAGUUGAUAAAAAAAAUACAGAUAGUCCUGACUUUCAUAUUUUAUUUGAAAAUUUAAAGCUACCAUUAUCAUUAGAAAAUCAAAAGAAAAAAUUUGAUGAUAAUAAAAUUGAAGUAUCAAGUAGUUCAGAUUUAGAUGAUCCAAUUGAGCGACAUUCAGUGUCUGAUGAUAAAAAUAAAUUAGAUAAACAACAUGAUGAUAAUGAAAAUUUACAAAAAGAAUUAACUGAUGCUGAUAAAGAUUUUUUUGAUAGUUUAUUACGUCGUUCACGUGAAAAAAUUGAAGGUGGAUUAACAGAUAGUCCAAGUUUUGAUCAAGAAGACUUUUCACAUUUUAUUAAAAUACUUGAACGACAAACAGAUACAAAUAGUAAUAAUAAUACUAAUAAUCCAUGUGAAGCUAAUGAUGAUAAUUUAAAGAAUGAAUAUCCAGAAAAAGAAAUAACUCAAAUAUUAGAAAAUGAAGCUAAAAAAAUUAAUAAAGCUAAAAAUAAACAUGAAUUUAAUGAUUCUGAUUCAAGCAAUGAUUAUUCUGUUAAAAUAAAAACAACAAUAACGAAUGACACAAAUAAAUAUGUCAAUAAAAAUAAAGGUGAAAUAAUAAAAGUAUCAAAUUCACAAAAUGAUUUGUAUAAUGUUGGUUUAACACCACGUCUUGAAUUAUUUGCCGAUGAAAUACCAAAAUUAAUUGCUGAAAAAGCAUCAACAGAUAAACAACAAAUUACAGAUCUACAAAAUGAUGAUAAAAAUAAAAUAUUAAAUCAUGAUGAUAAAGAAAUAACAACUGUAUUUUCAUUGAGUUUAAAUGAUGAUAAAAAUAACAAUCGAAAGUCUUCAAUUCAAGAUGAUAAAAAAUUGAUUAAAAAAACUAAAACACUUGGACCAUCAAAGAGUUAUGAUCAACUUCCAAAACCAAGUACUUCUUUUAGAUCUUCACUUGAUGAUAUUAGACCUACAAAAUCAGCUGAUGUUGGUAAAAGAAUUAAUUUAUAUUCAAAAAAUCCAAUACAAAAAUCUCAAUUGUUAACGAAAAAUUUAUCAUCAUAUGGAUCAAAAGUAAAAUUUUCAAUAAAACCAACAUUACAAAAGCCAACAGUGUUAAAUAAAAAUUCACAACGUAAUAAAAAUCCAGAAACAAUUGUUAAACAAUCAUUGGCUAAUGUUGAAACAAGAAAAAAUUAUACAAAACAAGAUUUCGAAAUAAUGUAUCAAGAAGAAAAGCAUAAAAAUGCAUUAUUAAAAAAUCAAAUUGAAUCAGAAGCAAAAUUGUAUAAACAACAAAUACAAAGUAUGAGAAAUUCAUUUGAAGAAGAAUUAUUUGCAUUAAAAAAACAAACAAUAAUACAAAAAUCUAAAAUUGAUGAAUUAUCAUUAAAUUUAAAUGAUAAUAAUUCAAAUAAAAAUCAAAUAGCUGAAAUAAAUAAUUCAGAUAAUAAAAUAAUGUUAUUUGAAAAAGAACUUGAAAGACAAGAAAAUGUUAUUUUAACAUAUGAAAAUGAGAAUAAAAAGCUACUAAUUGAAACAAAAAGACUUAAUGAAGAAUUAAAAAUACAAGAGUUGAAACAAUUAAAUAAAAAUAAGCCAAUAAUUGUUGAUGACAGUGUUAAUGAUGAUAAAAUAAAAAUAUUAACAGAUCAAAUAAAAGAUUUAAAAGAAGAAAUUUUAAAAUUAAAUAUUGAAAUAACUGAUUUACGAGCUAAAAAUUCUGAUUUGAUAAUGAACAAUGAUGAUUUGAGUCAACAAAUAAGUUUAUCACAAGAAGAAUUGUCAAUGUUUAAACAACAAUUAACAACAAAAGAUAAAUUUAUAACUGAAAGAUUAAAAUCAAUGAGUAUACAUGAAAUGGAAACACGACGUAAAAUGGAAGAAUUAAAAAUUGAAUUAACAAGUAAAACUGAAAAGCUAAAAUUAACAAAAUGUGAAUUUGAUAAAUUUCAAAAUGCCAUAAUACCACUUGAAAAUGAAUUAAUUGAUUUACGUACAAAAGAAAAAAGUUAUAUUGAAAAAUUAUCAAUAUCAAAAAGUCAUGUUGAACGUGAAAAAGUAUUAACACAAAAAUUAAAAGAUCAAGUUAUUCUUGAUAAUAAAAAAAUACUUGAUUUAAAUCGUCAAGUUCGUGAAAUGGAAAGAAUAUUAAAACGUAAAAAUCCAGAUUCAGUAUCAGCUCUAAUAUUAACAGCAAAAUCAGAUAAUGAAAAGUUAAAUUUAGAAAAAGUUAAACUACUUGAAGAUAGAAUAGCAACACUGGAAAAUGAAAAUAAAGCAAAUGAAUUUACAAAUCAAGAAAAAUUAACAGAGUUACAAGCAAAAUUUAAUGAAAUGAAAAAUAAAUAUUCAGCUCAAGUUUAUGAGCUUGAGGAUAAAUUAAAUAAAUCAUGUAUUAAAGAUGUCAAAGUUAAACUUGACAUGUCAACUCAAACAAUUGAAAAAAAUAUGGAAAAUAAAUCAGUUGAUGCUAGACGUGAUGAUAAAAUUGACAACAAAGAUGAUAAAAAAGAAUCCAAAAAUAUAAAAGCUAUAAAUUUAAAAUCACAAAAUCAUAAAGAAGAUACACAUCUUGUUGCAACAAUACGAGGAUUACAAUUAGAAUUAACAAAUAAAGAUAAAACAUUAUUAAAAUUAACAAAAGAAAUACAAGAAUUACAAAAAACAAAUCGUCGUUUACAAAAAGAACGUGAAAAAUUAUUACAUGAUCGUCGUAAUAAUGAAAAAUCACGUACAAUAAUUAGUCACAAUAAAAUCCAUGAAACAAAUGAUCAUAAUUCAAAUAUUUAUAAUGGACAAAAUAAAUUAACAAAUUCAAAUCAAAAGCUAUAUGAUCCACUUGAAUAUUCAGAAAAUAAUAAUACAGCUAGUAUUGAAAAAUUAAAAUUAGAAAAUGACAAUUUAAAAAUUGAAAUAAACAAAAUAAAUAAAGAUUUUGAUGCAUUAAAAAAUCGUAGAUUACAUGAUUUAAAUAUUCUUCAAGAAGAACAUGAACGUGAAAUUGAUAAUAUUGUCAAAGAAUACAGUGAUAAAUUAUUUGAUUCAAAUAUAAUUAAAUUACAAGGACAAAUAAAUACCCAAGCAUCAAUAAUAUCACAUUUAAAAGGACAAAUUGAAAAGCUACGUGAUUAUAAAGAACAAGUUGUUGUGCUAAAAGUUGAAAGAGAACAUUUGGAAAAUAAAAUUAAAAUUCUAAGUGAAAAAAAUAAAUAUUUAACGACACCUGAAACACAACAAUUACAAUAUUUACAAGAUAAAAUAUUAAUAUUACAACAACGUCAUGAAAAUCGUGAAAAAACAUUGCAAAAUUUAAUACGUGAUUUGUUGAGAAAUAAAAAACAAUGCAAUGAUUGUAAAGAUGACAAUGAUAAAAAUAAAAAAUUGUGUUAUUUUCGUCAAGAGCUAGAUAAUAUUUUAGUCAUGUUACAAGGAAUAUCAAGUGUCCAUUGAUAUUUGACUUGUCAAUAAUUUAUUCAUAAUAUUUAUUGUGAUAAUUUUUAAAAAUUUUUUAAUAAUAAUGUCUUAAAAUAUAUCAUUAUGUUUUUAUCGAAAAAAAAUAAUAGAAUAAUGUCUGAUGGAAAAAAAAAAUAGCCAAAUAAUGCGUUUUACUCUAUUUUUUUUUUUUGAAAAAUUAUUUGGACGUCCAAUUGAUCCAUCCUAAAAUAUUGAGGGAUAUAAAAAAUAUAAAAAUAAAUAAUUCUUUAUGUAAAAUUAAUUUAACGAUUUAUUGGAAUCAU